CAACGGCGUAAUGAAUUUACAAAUAAGCGAAGUACACACACAAGUAACAGCUGACAACCUUUCUGACGAUGACGUCAUUGAGGUAGUAAGAGACGAAGCACCCAUCGAAAUACUAUCGGACGGUGAAGAAACUGAACUUCAGAAUAAGAAUCUAAAUCAACUUGCCGAUGUCAUAAAAGAUUUCCAUUUUACCUCAGUCCCGUCUACUUCAGACUCCCAUGGUGAUCAAAGUAUGGAAACUGAAGAUCCUCUAGCCAAUAAAACUGGUGAAAAAUCAACAGACGAGUUGUGUGAAGCCAUUACAACUGGUGUUAACAAUAUGAAAACUACAGUAGACAAAUCUAAUGAAAAUGAAAUUGUUAAGGCUUUAAAGCCAGAUAUUUCUAAAAUUUCUCUAGAUAGUACUAAGAAAAUUAAUCCAGACCCUCCACUAGACACGACUGACAAGAUUGAUAACAUAGUUCCUGAAACUGUUACAAAAGAAAGUGGUUAGAGUUUAUUAAAGAAUUAGUUAAUAUUUUUUCAACUUUUCUUAUAAUUAAUUCAUUAUAGUGAUUGUAACUUUGCUUUCUUAUGUUAAUUGUAAUAAAGCUUACGUUAUAAUUAAGAAAUAUUUAAAUUAAAACGAUUUAAAGCUCUCGUUGCUUAUUUAUG